AUGAAAGCAGCCUCGGAAGCUGAACAUUUGAAGUCAUCCAUCCCAACCCGUGACAGAGGGGGGGAGAGGAGGGCGUACGUUCUUUGCCGUGCUCAACCGACGCUUUCUAGCGGAUCCGCUCUCCCCACCAUCCAACCGCUCCGGAUUAUGUGACCACCGCCGUCUGGACCUUCCAUCUGAUAUCAUCUUGUCCUUCACUCCGUCUUCCUUCUGACCUUUCUGUGUGGCGACAUGCGCCUUUGUUCUUCCAUCACGUAUCGCGUCUUCGGAUUGCAUAUGCCUGCUUUGCGCGGUUGUUCCGCAAUCGCGAUUGCCCCCACUUGCCCCUUUCGGUGUAUCGGCUAACGACCGGCUUAUAUC